AUGUCCCUCGCGCCACCGCUCAUUAGCCACACGUCAAGCUUCGACACUGCGCUCUUAGCACUUGCACAUAGUCGUCACACCAUUUACGAACACACGCGCAUGUCAGGCGAGAAUCGCCGGGCACAUCGAAUGCUGCCCGUCCAUCUUUGGGACAGUUCCACUGAUGCCCUCGAAGCUUCUUACGCCCGGAACAUCUCCAAGCACUUUUGUGAGGGACCGGUCCGUGCAUCAAAACUGCACGAUACGCCAAUGUACCCACGGGAGACGCUGCUGCUCAUCGCACAAAGUCAGUGCUCGAUCUACGACAAGACACGGAUCUCGGGGGAGUAUCGUACAGCACAUUGCAUGCUGCCUACAGACGUCCGCGUCGAGCAAUUGGACCGCUGCUCGGACACCAUGGACGCUUGCUAUGUGAACGCCAUGGCCAACUACUUUGUGACCACGCGCGCUAGUCGGUUGUGA